AUGAACGUAAUUGGGAGUGUAUUUCUCGGCGACGCUGCUCGAAGUCGUGUUCUUUCUCCAUCACCAACGUCUCCUCCGACAUCCCCAGCCCUUCAUACAUCGUCGGCUUUUAAGGGUCCAGCACCUACUCCGAUUGACCCACAGCUAUCGCUUGAGCUUCGUAUCCGGUGGUUAGAGGUCCUUCUUCUUGGAGUUAAGCAAGAUUCUGUUGAUCACAGUCGCGAUGGGAGAGAAGAUGCAAAGGCGAAAGACAAAGAAGGCGAGACGAAACGAGAGAACGACGCACUCGCAUUGAAGGCUGAACAACUCCAGAAGAAGUUUGAUUCGACCGUGGAGAGUAAUGAUGGGUUAAGGAAGUUCAUGGAUAGAUAUGACCAACAUGCACAAAUUCUGACACCUAGUUUUGCCCUCUCGGGUGCUUUUGCAUCGACUUCGGGACCGUCUUCACCUGGAUACGGCUCCAUGAGCUCGGAGGAGCUCGAUGCCCUUCUGACGGAAAUGGAGCCUGAGAUCCGCGCUGCUGAGCGAGACCUAAGGGAAAUUGAUGUUUUGGAGAAGAGAGGAGUGCUUGGAGCUGGAAAACUCGCUGACUAUGAGAGUUCGACUCCCCGAGUGGAUGCAUUAAGAAAGGCACAUGAAGAGGAUUUGGCUACGGUGGCCAAUAUCGAGCGACGAAUAGCGAAUGUACUAAGAGAGUACACUACACGUAUUGAUGCACUUUCAGAGCUCUUCGUAGAGUGGAACGACGUUCUUUUGGCUGCUGAAGAGAAGAUUACACGGCUUGAACGUGAGAAGACGGAGAGAGUCAAGCUAGGGUUUGAUGAGGCAGGAUAGUACGAUAAACUUUUUCAUAUGUUACAUUGUAUUAUGCUAUUAUACCCUGUAGAGCAAGGAAAUGUACAGAAGACCCAUUGUGAGCACUAAAUGAUACAUUAUGCGAGUGAUUGUGCAAGAACAAAAGACAAGAGGGAAAAAAUGGUGAAUAGGUCAAUAAAGAUUUUCAAAACAUCGAAUUAUCGUUUAGACUGAGUUCAGCGAAGUGCCACUUUACAGCCAUUCUUCCUCUCCUUUUAAUUAUUGCUUGGAUGGCAUCCUCGUCUUCUCCAUCGAGAAUUUCAUCCUCUUCAGCAGUCCACGGCUCAGACUUCCUUCCAAUGAUAGGCGCAUUAUGUGAAGGAAAACCGGAAGCGGCAUGUUCGCUUGAAGAAGACGAGCUCGGAGAGUCGAUUUGAGCAUACGAUGGUGACACAGCCAGGUCUACUUCCAUCUCUUCCUUCUCGCUGUCAUCAUCCUCGUCUCUUUGCAGACCGUCAGAGUUGGGAUUCAAUGGACUUCCUGUCAUUCCUGAGCUCCGUCGAGCCCGAUCACGCACGUAUCGUGCUGCCCUUGAAGCACUCGGAGGAGCAUAUUGGCUGCGUAGCUUGAUGAGGAACGGGUCCUCGUCGGCUGGGGUAAUGAAUAAUUCAGAGCGACGCCUCUGUGUGGCUGAACGGCUUUGAGAGGCCGAGAGUGCAGAAAGGUCCGUCUCACGUCUCUCCGGGCUCGAAUGAGCACUUGUUUCCUUCACCCGUUCCUCGACAACAUUGUCUUCAUCGUCCCUUCUUUUUUCAUUCUCAUUAUCUCUCGACUCCUCAAACGCACGUAUUGCCGCCUCUCGCAUCUUUGCGAUCGUCCGAUCGGUAGUUGGCAAGUCACCUUUUUCUUGAUACACAUUCCGUACCCAUUCUUCAGGAACUCCGUGAUUCUUCGCUAUUGCUUGAAUGUAAACCUGUAGUCCAACAUUGGCAAGUCGAAUGUGGUCCGCGGGAGAAAUUGAGAGGCCUUGCGGAAGUAUUGUUCUCGAUAAAUCGACUGUCGCCGUGAUAGAUGAGCGCCGAUUCUCGUUGGGAGUGCCUUCACGUUCAUCCUUUUCUAUCACUGGAGUAGUAGAUGACGGCGUUGAAAGACGAGAGGCAACGGCAACGGGAUUGCCUGCAAUGCUGCUACGCAAUGCUUUUCUCCUUAGGUCAAUCUCAGGCGGUCCUUGUGUCGUCGGGAAUCCAGCAAAUGUCUGUCUGCGAUCGUGCUUAGCAUCGGCAAUUUUAGUCUUGCCUUUGCCGUGUCUUUGACCCAUCUCCUUUUCUUUCCCAUUCUCUUGCUUUCGAAGACGACGUGCAUGCUCAGUAGUGAGGAAGGGAUCGCUCACAGUAGUCAGCGAAUCACUUGGAGUUGGAACUUGACUCUCGGACCAAUGCGUUUCUGAACGCCAAUCACGAAUAGUCUUUGUCUUGUCUGGCGAGGCGUUUGGAGUAGAUCGUGGGGCGGAGACGUGAAGUCUGGAUGGACCAGGCUCUGGUGCUGAACUUGCAGGGACCUGUUGUGAACGACGCGUUACGAGAACAUCCUUGGAUAGCUCUCUUUCAUUAGAAACGAUCGGCUUCACUGUUGCAACCACUUCUUCAACAGAUGGAGCAAUAGUUGACUUUUUCUGAUGUGACGAUGCUUUUGGAGUCUGCUUAGUAGAAAAGUUCGACAGUCUCACAGGUGAGGAAGUGACUGAGAUUUUCUGAGUGACUGAAGCCACACGGCUCCUCUCGGGAACCGAGGGAGGAGGAUCUCCCACGACUUUCUUCUUUCGCGCCGGCGGCCAUGGUUCAGUCGUAGAUAGGUCUUUAGCAUUGCGAGGAGGCUCUUCAUCGUCGGUAAUAACUUCAGUAUCGGAAGCGCUAUCGAGAUCAGGAAGCCGUUUCUGCGAUGCUGUUCGUCCAUAUGUGGGUACGAAAGACUUCGUAAGAGAGCUACUCAUAAAUCGAGGUGGAUCCCGUUUGGGUAGAGGCGGGGAUGUCUGCACGCCAUUUCGCCUGUUGCUUUGCUCAGCUCGUAUUGUCGAAGCCAAAGACUUUGAAGAGCUUGGUUGAUCAACACGCUGUUUCUCUGGAGAGGGUGAAGGCGUUUGAAAGUAAUCAUCGUCAAGUAUAGCUUUCGAUACUUUUCGUCUUGGAGCGCUCUCAUUUUGAAUCGGAACAGUCGGCUCGUCCACGUGCUUGUCCACUUCCUCAUGGUGAGCAGGGCCAGAAACUGGUAAUAUUUGGCUUGAUUCUCCUUCGAGAUUC